UUUCCUCUCCUGCUGUUUGUGUCCUCAGUGAAAGAUGGCGACCAGAGUCCUUCAGAGCUCCUGCUCGGGCCUGUACCGGGCUACAAACACAGGCCGGGCGAAGGCACACGUUACUGCUGUUAUCAGGGGUCUGUCAGCGUCUACUAACCGGCAGCGCGAGGACAGCUGGUUCAAAUCACUGUUUGUGCGGAAGGUGGAUCCGAGGAAAGACGCUCACUCACAUCUGUUAGCCAAGAAAGAGGACAACAACUUGUACAAAAUACAGUUUCACAACGUGAAGCCCGAGUGUCUCGAGGCAUACAACAAACUGUGUAACGAGGUGCUGCCGGCCAUCCACGAUGACAAGCAUUACCCGUGUGAGCUGGUGGGCACGUGGAACACCUGGUACGGGGAGCAAGACCAAGCCGUGCACUUGUGGCGGUACAGAGGAGGAUAUCCAGCUCUCACUGAAGUCAUGAAUAAACUGAAGAAUAACAAGGAGUUCCUGGAGUACCGGAAGGAGAGGGGUCAGAUGCUGCUGUCCCGCAGGAAUCAGCUGCUGCUGGAGUUCAGCUUCUGGAACGAGCCCGUGCCCAGAGACGGGCCCAACAUCUACGAGCUGCGCUCCUACCAGCUGCGGCCCGGGACCAUGAUUGAGUGGGGCAACUAUUGGGCGCGAGCUAUCGGCUACCGGCAGCACAACCGCGAGGCCGUCGGCGGCUUCUUCUCCCAGAUCGGAAGCCUCUAUAUGGUCCACCAUCUCUGGGCGUACAAGGACCUGCAGUCCCGAGAGGACACGAGGAACGCCGCCUGGCAGCACGAGGGCUGGGAUGAAGUCGUCUAUUACACCGUGCCCCUCAUUCAGCACAUGGAGUCCAGGAUAAUGAUCCCACUGAAAGGGUCUCCGUUGCAGUAACCAGUCCAUCAGAUCCUCACCGUUACGUCCCCGUGAGCUGAAGCCCAGACCAAGACAUCGGAUGCAUUCUCUGUCGUCAUGAUGCCACACGCAACGCCCUCGUUCUGAUCGGAAAAACUAUCCAAAAGUUGCACCAGCAAACCAAAUUGAUUCAGUGGACGUGAAGGCUGUUACUGUACUAAGUUUUGUGAAUACUUUAUAUGAUGUAUUGCAUUAGCCAUAUCUAAAAUCUGCUUGGAAAAACACAACCAUAGAUCUGUUAAAUAAAGUUUGUUGCUAUAUGAAAGAAGGGCUGUAUAGUGCAUUGAAUCACCAUAAACAUUAGCAGUUUUGAGCGUUAACCCUUAAGCCCCAUAAAUCUUUGCAAUAUUUCCAAACAAUCUUGCAAUCUACUCACCUAUUUAUUGCAUAUUUAUUUGUGUUAAUAUAAACCCCACAUGGAGAGGAUUAAAAGUUUUAAUAGUGCAUUAUGACAAGCACAGCAGAAUCUAUCCGACAUGUUCAGAGAAAACAUAUCAAACGGAUUGAACUGGGACGGGAAAAGCCUAACUGGGGACAGGUGUGCAAAAUUAAAUUGAUUUAGUUGCUGUAUUUUAUUUGUGUUCUGUUUCUACAUUUUACAUGCCUUCUGUGUUUCGGUUUCUAGAUUGAUUUUGUUUCCUGUGCGCAUGCGCAAUCUACUGUACGCUGGUCUCAUUCUGGGAUUUAACAGCACAGAAAUAUUUCAAAUCAACUAAACACUGUAUUCAAUAAAUCAUAAAUGAUCAUC